UUUGCAGCGAAACGGCUAAUUUCUCCAGCAACGUGAUUUAAACGCAGAAUGUCUGCGUGUACCUUUUACAUUCGCUAGUAACCAACUGUACUUGAAAGAUAGUGACUCAUAGGGUGACAUUGUUUCUAACAAAAUAUAUUUUGCUAUUCUUCUUGCUUUCUGUUAUUCUGGUCGUGGCCAAUAUAUAUUUAACAUGUAUGCAGUAUCCGCGUGUAAGAUCAUCAGGUCAUGUCAUUUUAUGGCGUACGUUAAUAUGCCAACGUCCAUUUGCCUGUCUGUCAUCAUUUUUCCUUGACUUCUGUUCUAAAGUACUAACCCUAAAAAAAAAAAAAAAAGAUGCAAAUGCCGGGGCAAUUAGGAAAUACAAAUGAGCAACAAACAAAGCACAUACAGUAUUGAUGUAUGAGGUCAACAAGAGGAAACGAAACUGCCUCUGCCUCCACAGUCACACAUCUGUAAACAAACACAGUGCAGCUUGGCCUCGCGAGUCACUCGCUUCUGGCUUCUGUUAUUAAACAUUUGUGUCUUUAAUAGCAUCAUUCGAAGUGUUCAAACUGUUACUGUUGCACUCAUAUCAAUUGUUCAUUUCCUAAAAAGAAGACAAACUGUUGCAUUUGUCCUUUUCUUCAUCGUGGAGUUUAAAGCUGUUCUUUCAUUUGAAAUACAAUUAAACAUGUUCCUGUGUAUGAGGUUUGUUUUUUCCCUUCAUUUUGGUCCCGACCUGAACGGCGACCUUGAAAGUAAGGCACACACACGCACCAAACAGAUUUUUGGAAUAGCGUUAUACCUGAACAGUUAAAUAUUCACGCUGACCUGAAAGCAACCAGUGGGUUCCUCUGAUGUGGGACAAGAUGUAACAGUGACGGCAGAGUUGAAGAUGUCUCUUCCCCUGGCUGUCAUGUUGGUCCUCGCCGCGCUGGAGCUCGGCACGAACCACGCCGGACCGGAGCUGGACCCGUACAAAACGUUGGGAGUCACCAGAGGUGCCAGCCAGGUUGAGAUUAAGAAAGUCUACAAGCGUCUCGCGAGGGAAUGGCAUCCCGACAAAAACAAAAAUCCCGAAGCUGAGGAUAUGUUUAUCAGGAUUACCAAAUCGUACGAGAUUUUAUCCAAUGAGGACAAACGUGCCAACUACGACCGCUACGGGCAGACGGACGACACCCGGCAGUACGGCGGCCCCCGCCACGACAACUUCAACUUCGAAGAGUCCUUCUUUAGCUUCCCGUUCAACAGCAAGACUCACCGCGACUUUUCCGACAGCAAGUACUCGCUGCACUUCAACCAGUAUGUGAAUGACGUGGUGCCCGACAGCUUCAGGCGACCGUACCUGAUCAAGAUCACCUCCGACUGGUGCUUCAACUGCAUCCACAUUGAGCCCGUGUGGAAAGAGGUGGUGCAGGAAAUGGAGACGCUAGGAGUCGGGAUCGGCGUGGUGGACGUCGGCUACGAGAGACGCUUAGCCAAUCACCUCGGCGCUCAUCGUACGCCGUCGAUACUUGGAGUCAUAAAUGGCAAAGUCACUUUCUUCCAUUUCGCUGUGGCGAAGGAGCACCUAAGGCAGUUUGUGGAAGACCUUCUUCCGCAAAGACUCGUGGAGUGGGUCAGCGACAAAAACAACCAGCAGUUCUUGAACAGUUGGCACGCACUCAACAAGCCACAUGUGCUGCUGUUCGACCAAACGCCUGCGGUUCCUUUACUUUAUAAGCUGGCGGCGUUUGCGUACAAGGACUACAUGCAGUUUGGCUACGUGGACCAGGGCCUUUCGGAGACAGCCAAUCUGCAGAGGCAGUUUAAUAUCAACACCUACGCCCCCACCAUGCUGGCUUUCAAAGAGAACACGGACAACCCCGCUGACAUCAUACAGACGAAAGGAAUGAAAAAGCAGAUUAUCGACGAGUUCAUGUCAAACAACAAAUUUCUCCUAGCGCCGAGGCUGGUGAAUCAGAAGUUCUUUGACGAGCUCUGUCCUGUCAAGCAGUUCCACAGACGACGGAAGUACUGCGUGCUGCUGAUGACGGGCGACGGCGAGAGCUUUUCUUCAGGCAAACGAGCCUUUCUGUCUUUCGCCUCCAGUAACACGAAGGAAGUUGUGAGAUUUGCUUAUGUUUACCAACAACUGCAGCAACCACUUUGUAACAUUCUGAUGAGCAGCAAGGACAGCACGCAUGGACCACUGCCACCGCAGGUGGUGAUCCUGGAGAGGCGCAACGCUGCCGGGAAGGCCUUUUUCAAGCCGGUGACCACGUGGAACGGCAGCGAAGAGGACAAGCAGCGCCUCGUGGAGGAGUUGGAGCGACUCCAGAAGGACCCGUCCAUUCUUAUCCACGAUGCUAUGCUGCCCGAGCUCAACAAUGAGUUUGCAUCGAUGUUUCUCCUCCAAUGGGUCUACGCAUUUUACGAUUACCUCUCUGAAGUCAUCGAUGACAUUCUGCACAACAACUGGCGUGAGAUGAUGCCUUUGCUGUCCCUCAUCUUUUCUGCCUUAUUUAUCCUGUUUGGAACUGUAGUCAUCCAAGCAUACAGUGACUCGAGUGACGAAAACUCCCCCAAACUAAAAGCAAAAGACGGAUCUAAAACAGAAAAUGGAUCGCCAGGGAGCAGCGGCGCAUCAAGCCGACCUCCCAAGAAGAACUUUGUGGAGGUGACGGAGUUGACGGACAUCACCUACAUAAGCAACCUGGUGAGGCUGAGGCCGGGACACAUGAACAUUGUGCUGGUGAUCACAGACGCGGCCAAGAACAUUCUGCUCAGCAAGUUUGCAAAAGAAGUCUACUCCUUCACGGGGAGCCCGACGCUGCAUUUCUCCUUCCUGAAUACGGACAAGCACAGUGAGUGGAUGUGCACGCUGUUGAGCAGCGCUCAGGACAGCGCGCACGUCGACGCCUGCCACGACGACGAAGUCAACGCCAAUAUGGACUACACCGGCUACGUGUUGGGACUCAAUGGCCACAAAAAGUACUUCUGUCUGUUUAAGCCCGUCUACACCGGGGAAGACCCGGACAGCAAGACGCCGGAGAAGGAAUGGGCCACGUCGGCAAGGAGGUCCAGGGCGACCUCGCGUGACGAUCACCCCCCACGCAAAUCGGCCCGCUCUCGCAGCACAUCCACACUCCAGAUCCACCAUAAGCUGGACCGCUUGGGGUUGUGGAUGGAAAGGCUCAUGGAGGGGACCUUGCCCCGUUACUACAUUCUGGCCUGGCCGGGACUCGACAAGAUCACCCCCAGUAAAUAGACGGAGGCUGCUUGCCCGGUUCAAGACUUUAUGUUGCUGCUUUCAUGUUUCCUUUUGUCUUGCACUUUUUCUCUUCCAGUAGGGGAUUGGAAACGUUUGUUUUUUUUCCAAGUGCCGCGUACAGAAACAUCAAAGGUGUGCAAGGGCUGCUUUGAACGUUUCACCUUUAAUUUAUAUCAGACGCUGAAACCAAUCAGUGUGGGUCGUUAUAUUAAUGAUAUUAAUAUUAUAAUGAUAUAUAUAUAUGGGGGGGUGCUCUAUAUACCCCAUAGAAUGAAGUUUACUUUUUUGAAAAGUCAUCGACUGGCAGAGGGCUAAAGUGCACACCAAGGUUGACAUUUUGCUCACAACUUGCGUUUAUGAAAUUGGUUGCGCAACGACUUAAGUUGAGGCAUUUGUAAAUCAAUCAAUACGUUGCAGGCCACUAGAAAAUGGAUGGUGGACCUCGAUUGGCUCCUGUGCCAUAAUUUGGACACCCCUGCAUUCCUGGCAUCCAUCCAUCCAUUAUCUGAGUUGCUUAUCCUCAUGUGGGUUGGAGGAGUGCUGGAGCCUAUUGCAGCUAACUUUGGGCAGGCGGUGGGGUACGCCCUGAACGGGUCGCCAGCCAAUCGCAGGGCACAUAGAGACGGACAUCAGUCACACUCACAAUCACACCUAGGGGCGAUUUAGAGUGUCCAAUUAAUGUUGCAUGUUUUUGGGAUGUGGGAGGAAACCGGAAACCCACACAGGCAUGGGGAGAACAUACAAACUCCACACAGGCAGGGCCGGGAUUCUAACUCCGGCCCUCAGAAAUGUGAGGCACACAAGUCUAACCAGUCACUGGCAUGUUGUUGGUUAGUGACUCAAGCACCACUUGUUGCUACUUCUUCCGCUGCAGCAUUUUGUGAAUAGAAACAAAAUAUUGAGACAUUGUUGACUCCUCAGCCUUCACCAGUCGGACACCUUAAAUCUUGGUAACGGCACACAUUGAAUGCUGUGACUAUUGAUGCAUGUUUUGUCUUCUGUUGUGAUGAUUAUUCUGGAUGCUGACUGGCUCGUGCAAUAUUGUGGACUACUGUUGUGAUCUUUCUACUGAAUCUCAGCAUAGUUUAAAAAAAAAAACUAUAAAAAAAAGAUUUGUAUUUUUUUUUCCUGGAGUUCAAAUGGUCAAGUAUUCAUCCAUUGUCAGACAAUGUAGCAGCCAAAACCCCCAAGUUGCAUCAUGUAGCCCGGUGAAAGUUCUCAUCAUUGCCUUGACUGAGAAUCGAUCACAUUUUGUAGUUUUGUUGUGUUUGCUUGUUUGUCCUAUGUUUCCUGACACUGUGAAUCUCAAAACUUAUAAAACGUUUGGUGAAUGGUUAAAUGUUACAGCGUAUUGUAGAGAUUUUAUUACGAUUGCAUGUUCUGACAAGGGACUGUAAACUUUUACUUCUGUAAGUUCAGCAGUUUUUAAUUUUUGGUGUGUGGAAGAAUAAAACAAUUUAUGGUUCUUAAAUAGUGUUUUCAGAAAUUGGACAAAUUUCAGGUGGUCUCAAAAGGCAGUAACACUGCUAGCCAUGCCUUACAUUCGUACUAUUUGUGACACUAACCUCCUUUUUUUUUUUUUUAAAGUUCUUUUCAACACCGAUACCUUUGUAUUUAAAUUUAAAUAAAAUGGUUGGAAUGUAGACACAUGGAGGUUCCCUGAACUUUUGGGAUAAUCUGUAAUUCAAAGAGCAAAGCAAAACGGACCAGAACUAGCCAACUCCUUUGUGUCAAGUGCAGUAUUGGAAUUUGAAUAUCCUUCGAGAUGACCAGGCCGAAGACGUGACCUUGGUUGUGGGUUGGACUCUAUGUCAGUCUGAGCUGACCUCAGUGGGUGAGGCGGAGUAUACCCCGAAUUGAUUGCGAGCCAAUUGCAAGGCACAGACAAAUAACCAUUGGCACUCACAUUCACUCCUUCAAAAAAAUGUCAUCUUCAUUUAAGAUACUCAUACGUCACUUCAGUAGCAACUUGGGACUUUCCUGCUGCUGAUAUCAUACUUGAUGCUAAUGUGUCUGUUUCUACUUGAAUGACUGACAAAUACUUGAAAUACUGCCUUCAAGCAAGGAAACACGCCCGCACUAAUCCUCCUUUCCUACUUAC